UCGCAGCCUGACCGUGCAGCAGUGCAGUCGAGCCGGGGAGACUGUGUCCACCGAGCCGCCGUUCCCGGAUAACAUGUCUUCCGUCCUGAUUAUCCGCAACAUAUAAGACUUCUCGUUCCUAAUUUUUCGGGGUUCCGACAGUGCGCGUCGUCGCCUACCUGUUUAUCCAUCGUACCAGCACUUCCCGGAGGCUGAAUGGAAGUCGAGGGAGCGGUCGGGCUGUCGGAGGCCAGGGACGGGAGUCCUCUAUCCGGGGCCGCAUCAUCCGAUGAUGCUGACACGGUCUUCGGGGUUAGCUACGGAAUGGACGCCGGAGACAUGGAUGCUGCUGCAAGGAAAGCCUUCAUCACAGAGAUGCCGUCAUCCUCAGGACUGCCUGGUCAGGGGAAGAAAAUUGGCCACAGAGGGGUAGAUGCUUCCGGAGAAACCACUUACAAAAAGACCACAUCCUCAGCCCUGAAAGGAGCCAUCCAGCUGGGCAUCGGCUACACAGUGGGCAACCUGAGCUCCAAGCCUGAGAGGGAUGUGUUGAUGCAGGACUUCUACGUAGUGGAAAGCAUCUUCUUCCCCAGUGAAGGGAGCAACCUCACCCCGGCCCAUCACUUCCCAGACUUCCGAUUCAAAACAUACGCUCCCGUGGCCUUCCGCUACUUUCGAGAGCUGUUCGGCAUCAGGCCGGAUGACUACCUGUAUUCCCUGUGUAACGAGCCGCUGAUCGAGCUGUCCAAUCCCGGUGCGAGCGGCUCAGUCUUCUAUCUUACCAAGGACGACGAGUUCAUCAUCAAGACGGUCAUGCACAAGGAGGCAGAGUUCUUACAGAAGCUGCUGCCGGGCUACUACAUGAACUUGAAUCAGAACCCUCGUACUCUGUUGCCAAAGUUUUUUGGCCUGUACUGCGUCCAGUCAGGCGGCAAGAACAUCCGCGUGGUGGUGAUGAACAACGUGCUGCCCCGCGUUGUCCGCAUGCACCUCAAGUACGAUCUGAAGGGCUCCACCUACAAGCGGCGAGCGUCCAAGAAAGAGCGUGAGAAGGCCCGGCCUACGUUCAAAGACUUAGACUUCAUGCAGGACCUGCAGGAUGGACUCAUGCUGGACCAGGACACGUUCAAUGCGCUGGUCAAGACGCUGCAGAGGGACUGCCUGGUGCUGGAAAGCUUCAAGAUCAUGGACUACAGCCUCCUGCUGGGAGUUCACAACAUGGACCAAGCGGCGAGGGAGCAGCAGAUGGAAGGCUCCCAAGGCGGCAGCGACGAGAAACGGCCCCUGGCCCAGCAGAAGGCCCUAUACUCCACCGCCAUGGAGUCCAUCCAGGGCGGGGCUGCCUGCGGGGAGUCCAUUGACACCGAAGACACAAUGGGCGGCAUCCCUGCUGUCAAUUGGAAAGGAGAACGACUUCUGCUCUACAUUGGCAUCAUUGACAUCUUACAGUCAUAUAGGUUAAUCAAGAAACUGGAGCACACGUGGAAGGCUUUGGUGCAUGAUGGGGACACGGUCUCAGUCCAUCGGCCUGGAUUCUACGCCGACAGGUUCUUCAAGUUCAUGAGCAGCACCGUUUUCAGGAAGAGCUCCUCUUUGAAGUCGUCUCCAUCCAAGAAGGGCCGCGUGUCACUGACAGUACCGAAGUGCAGUGGUCCCGGUGCGGCCUGGUCCGCCAGCCAGCUGCCCUCCGAGAGAGACGAGAACAUCUAUGACCUGAGAGGCGCUCGCAGCUUCCCAACGCUGGAAGACGACGGACGAGUCGAUCUCCCGUGCACCCCUCCGUCGUUUGAGGAGGCCACCACAGCGUCCAUCGCCACUACCCUCUCCUCCACCACCUCUCUGUCCAUCCCUGAACGAUCUCCCUGCGACACCGUUGAUCACCCGCGCUACAGGAGGCACACCCAGUCUCUCAGUCAUGACGGAAGGACCCAGGAGGAGCUGCGUGUGCGUGAGGAGGACCAGCAGACCAUUACAGUGGAGGUGGAGUUAAAAAGGCACGACAGUGAGCCCACCAUCUCCAUUCCGCAGCCUUUGCCUGAACCCAGUGAUGCUCAGGAGGCAGCCGCUGCACCUUCCACCUCUUAUCCAGCCACUGAACCCUCCUCGUCGUCCUCAGCCGCCCCCGUCACUCCUGCGUCUGCCGAGGCAACCGGAGCCACUCCGUCCAGUCCCAAGCUGGUGGUGGUUCCGGAGACAGCCAGCCACGCGUCAGGCUCGGGGUGCACUAGCCAGGCUUCAGUGGACGACGAGGACGACGUGCCAGUCACGGAUAUCUACUUUUUCCCCGACGGAAGGACUUGGGUGGUCUCCCCUCUCCAACAGAGGGGGAAGUGGCGGUCCAGCUGGCCACCUCCAGAGGACAGGACCUGGGUGUACUCUCCGCUACACUAUGGCUCAGAGUCUAAGGCCCUGCCAGAUGGGGACUGGGAAAGAGAGACAUAAAGCCACAUUUUGUGACUGAAUGGCGUGAUGGGGAUCGUCCACCCGAAGGCCAAAACCUCCUCAACGGUCGCAGUGCAAUCUUUUUUCUCCAGACCGGAGAGAAAUCAACAGACUGACGUUGCAGAGGUCCCUGCCAUUUAUAUAUGAUACUUGUGUUUACGUGUGACAUAGUACAGGUAUGCUCGUGUGUUAUAUGUUUAGACGUGACACACGUACGUCGUAUUUCACAUAAACAUCUAACAGACUGGUCUAUGUUGCCCCAAGGCGGCCAUAUUGGAGCAGGACAAAUCGAUGUGGGUUGCCAUUGUCACAAAUGUGAGGGGACGUCAUGAGAAUUUUAUUUAGUCACACUGUGAUGCUAUGGGUUAUAUUAUGAAAUAUAUAAUAUUUCUAAUAUGGCUGUCUCAUACACGCAUAUUGCCAAUCUGCGUGGGGCAUUUACGGAUGUCCCACCUGUGGCUAAAAGCAGCGAUUGUUUUAAUUUCAAGUUAUUUAUGAUUUGCUAAUUAUUAUUACUGUAUGUAUUAUACUCCACAUAUUUAUUUUUGAAUGUUGCGCAUUUAAAAAAAAAUCUGUUUCAUCCAAAGAGUUUUGAUCAUUUCGGUGCAUCUGUCUGUGAGUGUGGCUCUCGUAAAUUAUAUAUCGUCAUUUCUCAAGCAGUAGCCUGCCUUCUAAUUCGCUGCCGUUUUUUGGGAGAAAAUAUGGUAAUGUUGAGUAGCAUUUUAAAAAUGCAUUUGUAAAAAAUAAAAGCCUCCCCUCUAACAAACACCUUACCCCUCAUAGAUGUGCUGUCCUUACUGCAGAUGAGUAAACACGCACCCCCGGACAGUAAUAUUAGUCAAUAGUAUUAAAAUAUUAAAAAGUAAGUAAAAUGCAUUUUCACAAAUAAAAGCCUCCCCCUAAUAGGUGACUCCUCCCUAUCUUCAGUGGAAUAAAUACACGCCCCUGGACAGUAUUUGAAAUUUAAAAAAAAAAAACAAUCCUUAAAUUGUUUUAUAAAAGUACUCCGGUUUCCUCCCACAUGCCCAAAAACAUGCUUCGUAGGUUGAUUGAAAACUCUAAAUUGCCCGUAGGUAUGAAUGUGAGUCCGAACGGUUGUUCACCUGCGAUUGGCUGGAAACCAGUGCAGGGUGCACCCUGCCUCUCACCCGAAGAUAGCUGGGAUAGGCUCCAGCACGCCCGCGACCAUAGUGAGGAUAAGCGGUACAGAAAAUGGAUGGAUGGAUGUUUGUUUGUAAAGAUAAAGGCCUCCCUCUAACAAACAAUUUAACCCCAAAUAAUAGUAACCUUGUCCUCACUGCAGUUGCAUAAACAGACACCAGCGUUUUAUUUAUUUAUUUAUUUUGCUGAAAUAUGGUUAAAAAUGUCUCAUAGUAUUAUAAAAUUGCAUUUGUAAAAAAAUAAAGACCACCCCUUUAACAAACUCCUUACCCCAAAUAGAAACCUAUUCCUUACUGCAAUUGACGAAUUAAACGACAUCAGCCACUGUUUGCAGGAAUACGGUAAUAUUGUUUCAUAGUAUUUUUUUAAAAUGCAUUUCUAAAAAUAAAACCCUUUCCUCCAACAAAUGCCUCACCCUGAAUAGACAACCAGUCCCAACUGCAACUGACUGAACAAACCACCUGCCACUAUUUGCUGAAAUACGGUAAUAUUGGUUGAUAAUAUUAUAGUUUGUAUACAUCAAGGCCUCACCCCAAAUAGAUGCCUCUUCGCCUUUGCAUUAAUCAAACGGCCAUCAUAUGAAGAAAUAUGAUAAUGAAAGUCAUUGUGGAAGUCAUCACU